GGCAGCAGAUCCUUGCUAAUCGAGUAGGUAGUGAGAGCCCUUUAUCCCGAGCCGAGGACAGUGUGUUAACGUGUUAAACGAACCUGUUCUGUUGUGUUCUGCACAAAAUGCUCAACCCGCAGAGAUCUCUGUCCGAGCUGCCCAAGAUGUCGGCUGCCAGUCAAGUGGAGAGAGCUGUGUUGGAGGAGGAGUUCAACUGGCUGCUUAAAGAAGAGGUGCAUGCUGUCUUAAAGCAGCUCCAGGAUGUCCUCAAGGAGGCAUCUAGACGUUUCUCCAUGCCGACGCCAGGCCUGGAGAGUCAGCUCAAACAGGAAAACUUCAUCCUCGGCAGCUCAACCAUGGAUCAAGUGAAAGGGGUGCUGACUCUGCAAGGAGAGGCUCUGACUCAGGCGGACAUAAACCUGAAGGUUGCAAAGAGCAGCCAAGUGUUGCACUUUCAGUUCAGAGAGGACAAGCAGUGGAAACUGCAGCAGAUUCAGGAUGCCAGGAACCAUGUGAACCAGGCCCUACAGCUCCUGAGCAGCCGUGAUGAGAGCUACCACUUCAAGACAGGGGCUGAGGUUAAUAAGCUCAUGGAUGCAGUGAUGCUCCAGCUGACAAGAGCACGAAACCGCCUCACUACGCCGGCCUCCAUGACGCUGCCCGAGCUGGCCACCAGUGGUCUGAUGAAAAUGUUCACUCCUCCCAUGCCUGGGGAUGUGAUGGUGAACUUCUACAUCAACCUAAGCAAACUGUGCCUGACUGUCUACCAGCUUCAUGUGCUGCCUCCCAACACCACCAAGAAUUUCAAACCAGCUGGAAGCUCAGUGUUACACAACCCUGGAGCCAUGUUCGAGCUCAACAACAACCGCUUUGAGGUGAGCCACGUUCACAAGGUAGAGUGUGUGGUGCCUUGGCUCAAUGAUACGCUGGUAUUCUUCACCAUCUCACUGCAGCUCUGUCAGCAGCUCAAGGACAAGAUAUCUGUCUUCUCCAGUUUCUGGAACUACAGACCUUUCUAAUCCUGUCCAUUGUCUGGAGACCAGUCAGACCCAAACUAACCACACAAGUGUAAGGGACAUCCUAGGAAGGUUUUUAUUUUUAUAUAUAAUUAUAUUUAUCAUCCAGUCCUUCAGUUUCAAGUAUUGCAUGGUUAGCUGAAGGAGCAAAUCAAACCCCAACAGAUAACAAUAUUCCCAGCUGACUGACUGACUGACUGACUGAUGUGUGUUGCAUCUCAUACCACUGACUUGAACUUCUCAUUGAAUGAAUGUGAUUGUUUCUUAUUAGAAUUAUUUACUAGUACUUACUGAGUAUUUUUCUGGUUCUUGUCCCAAAGUUAUCCUCCGAACUGUGUUGUUGUGUGGAACACUAAUAUGUUCACUCAGGGCUGGAAGACUCAGCAGUACUAAGAGGUCAUGGUGGUCUGAAAUGCUGUGAGUUCCCUCACAGCUGUUUUGAAAUUUCCUCAUCUUUUUGCAUUCCCUGACAUUACAGUCAUACUUUCUCCAAAAAGGCAAUCCACCAAUUUUACAUGCGAAACUCAAUUUUUGUAGUCCUGUUGAGCACCACCAAGUCAUUAUAAUAUCUUCUGUGGCUCUGGAGGAGAUUUGUCAAGUCUAAGAAGACAAGUGACAUCACACGAAAAAUCUUGGGAUGUUUUCAAACUUAUCAUUGGUUGGCUCUGAAUGAAUUGGUAAACUGUUGGAUUUACACAAACAUCAUUACAAAAUGUCUGGAGGAAACUAUUAUCUGCACAGAUACUGGGAAAACAAUGUACUUGGUUGCUGGUCCAGUGCAGACUUUCAUUCCUUCGCUAGCCAGUUGCUAAGAACAUGUAAUUUCACUCAUUCGUAUCCCAGAAUGCAAAGCUCACCUAGCUACGGGAGGUGAAUUUGCGUUUCGUAGGAUAGCGAAGGCAUCACCCACCCUACUCUCCCUCUGAUUGGCUAGUACUCAAUGCCGUUGUUGGUUGGAUUGGUUAGGUUAAGGUAAGAGAAGUGCGAACGGUUAGGGUUAGGGUAAGAAUGUCUUCCUCUGCCUCUCAUUGGCUUACUCUGACAGAGUAGGGCAGGUCAUGUUUCUCUAUCCUAGGAAAUGCAAAUUUGUCUAUGGGAGCCAUUUAGCUCAAACUUUUAAAAAAAAAAAAAAAAAAAAAGGGAAAAGUGAUCUCCAGGGCUAAAAACUGAGGUCAAUGCAGAAGUGCCAAAACCUGCAGUUCCUCUAAUGGCCACUUGAGGCUGGCCCCAGAAGCAAGUCACUCCCCAUAGACCCCCAUGUUAAAAUGCCCAAUUUAACAGCAGUGAUAAACAUGUUUACAGCCUGGUCUCUAAAGCUAAUUUACCCAUGUACAAUUGCUGUGUUCAACCAAUCGCACUAAGAGGGAAAACGAGUGUCUGGACUAAACUACACAGGUUAGAAAACACCCUUAGUUUGGGUAUGGAGCCCAAUAAUUUCUAAGAAAAGUGUGGGUUAGAAAUUGGAAAUGUGGCAUUGGAAAGAAGUGUGCAUUUACUAGAAAGGAGGGUCUAACAAAAGAUAUUGUUGGGUUGCGUUAUGGGAUGUGUUAGAGUGUUUUUGGACCUAUAUUAGGAACCAAAACUAAGGCUAUUUCAACCUCUACUACACAAAUUUUAACUGUUCUUUUGUAAUUUUUUAUGUUGGAGGUCCCCAAACUAUAUUAAUGUAAAUAUAUGUUAUUUGUGCUGGGUGUUGCACAGUUUAUGGGGAAUGCAAUGGUAUCAUAAAGAGAAGGCAAAAAAAUUGUCAGGGGGGGGAACUCUCAGCUGUUAGGGGAUGCAAUAAUAAAUGGAAAAGGAAAACAUUUCCCACUGUGAUCUUUUACGGGAUACAAACAUGUCAGUGACAGAUGACACUGUACCAUCAGUGAAUGAGGAAACAUAUUUUCUUCAUUCACUGACGGUACAGUAUCACCUGCUUGUGGACCAGUUUCAAUGUCGGCCCUUCCAGAUACAAUUUGAUGAGCCAUGGUGUUUCACCUCAGAGUUGAUCACAAAGGUGAAGUCAGUUAAAAUGCGAGGCCAUGUGUACAUCACAUGGGAUGGAUGGAAGACGUGGGAAAGAUACCCAUGUUUACGUCUUGCCAGCAUUCAUGUCAUUGAGAGGUAGAAAUACUGUGCGUUUAUAAUAUAACACCAUAUCCAUUAAGUCUGGGUUUAAUGACAUCGAACAAUAAUCUUUUCAUAUGUGGUUUUCAGGCAUGUCCGUAUCAGUGAGUGGGUGGUUGGAUGUGUCAGAGCUUUCAGAAAAAUUUGGGUUUCCCAUUCGUAAUUAUAACUUGGAUGUUGAUGUAAUUGCUCUUUAUAAGUUGUAAACUCUGAUAAUUCCAGUAUGAUAUUAACAUGGCAUUAGGGUGGACACUGGAACUGGGAUCAUGCUUUUUGUUUUUUGUUUGCCUGUUUUUUGUUAUUGUUUAUUUCCCCAUUUGGUGGAAAUGACACAAUUCACAUUCCCUGCUUGUUACAACAUGGAUAUGUCUAAACGAUAAGCUACUUCACAUGUAUGUUGGUGCAUUCUUUGAUUUCAAGUUUUUGUCUGCUUUAUGUUCAUAUUUAUUUGACACAGUUUGCACACUUUGAUUCUGAACCAAACGCUAAUCCAAUCAUGAACAAAUGACUUCAUUCCAGUAAGUGUUAAUCUAUGUUGAAAAGCUGCCUAUCAUAUAAAAUGUGGAAAUUAUUUAUCUGAUAUCUGUGCAAUAAAAAUAUUCUAAACAGUGA